CUUAUGGUUGGCUCAGAGCAGACCUUUCAAAUUUCAAAUUGCUGACUGUAUUGUGUGGGUUAAGCUUGUGAACCACUGAUGGGGUUUGUGAAAAGUAGCCAUGAGUUCUGCAAAGCCAUACAUCGGGUGCAAAAUAGGACUACUUUCAAGAGCCCAAAAUCGCUAUGAGGGCAUUUUGUAUACAAUCGACAAAGUAAACUCCACAGUUGUGCUGGCGAAAGUCAAAUGUUUUGGAACGGAAGGACGACCUACUGACAGACCGACAACUCCCAGAGAUUCUAUUUAUGAGUAUAUCACCUUCCGGGGAAGUGAUAUCAAAGAUAUCACAUUGUGUGAAGCCCCAAAGCAACAUGGCCUACCUCAAGAUCCAGCAAUAGUACAGUCAUCAAGUGUAGGGCCUCUUGGACCAUUUAGCCCAUUUCAGAUGCCUGCCUACAGCCAGCUUGCUGCCAGUUCACUUCUUGGUCAUCAGCAUGCUGCAGCUCUUGGGCUUGGGCCCAUCUUUCCGGGUUUGCAUGUUCGAAAAGGCCCCAUGGUGGAAAAGGCGGUACAGACUCUUCGUGUGGAAGAGUUUAGUAACAGCAGAGUUUUGACCGCUCCUCAGGUGCCAGAUCAGCACUGGGAGAAAAGCAAGCCCCUAAGGGUGAGAGGAGAAACCAAUAGAAGAGGAAUUGGACCCAGCAGGAGGUCAGGCCCAAUUGUCCCCAAUUCGCUUCAAGAAUCAUCUGAGCAGCAGAAUGGAAACGGGCCUCCUGCCAGACGACAAGGUGCCCGAAGGCGCAGGAAGCGUAGUAGGGGCCCGCUGAUGGUGGCCAAGGUCCCUUCAGCCACCCUCAAAUUUGACACAGAUUUUGAUUUCGAUUACUCAAAUGCACAGUUCCACAAGGAGGCGUUGGCGCAAGAGGUGCCGGAUCGUUUGAAAAUGAAAGAUGCAAAUGAUAAUACAGGAGAAAUGCAUAGCACUGAAGCACACCUGAACACACAGGAUGAUCAUUCUGGACCAAAAUGCUACUAUGACAAAGCCAAGUCAUUCUUUGAUAAUAUCUCUUCUGACAAUAAACUCAGACUCACUUGGGCAGAGGAGCGGAAGCGCAAUCUGGAAACUUUCGGGGUCCCUGGAUGGUUCCGCAGGGGCCAAGGCUUCAGGGGUGCAUAUGGUGGAAGAAGGGGUCAAGGAACAACUCUUACUCGAAGCAGUAAUGGGCAGCUCUGAAGGUCAGGGUUGAUGUAUGCCUCCAAACAGUUUUGUUUUUGUUUUUGUUUUUUGUUAAAGCCUGAUUGUCUCACAUGUAUUAUAGUUGCAUGCAGGAACAAAAUUUGAUGGAAUUUUUGCCCGUUUGGACCACUUGCGUUAUGUUAUUCCAAUGCCACUGGGUUAUUUUUUUGCCUCCGACUGAAUGGCUCACAAGUCUGCUUUUGAAGAAAUUUUUUUCCCCACUUAAUUAUUGGGGUGCCCCCCUAAAUGUCUUUUUUUAUGAAUAGACUUUGAUUUGAGUGCAAAUUGUUUUGAACUUCAUCAUGAAAAUAUUUUUUUGCAAAUGUGUAGUAGCUCCUCAGCAAAUCUGACCUCGAGGUUCAUGAAAUUGUUUUUGCUUUGGUAAUGCCAUGUCAUUUAUGUAAAUAAACAGGAAUGCUGUCAAA